AUGAAGUUGCAAUGUUUGUUGCUUGGUUUAUUCCUGUUUUUGGCUUCCUCUAUGGCCGAGGAAUCGUGUGACAGAGAAGAAAUGGAGGACACGAUUUGUAGUCUGUGCGCACAGCGGAGUGGGAGCAGACUUAGUCAGUUAGGGAAAAUGCAAGUUGCUUUUCAUACCUACAUGUCAAGUAGUGUGCAAAUUAGUUCUCUCCGUGUCAACAAAACACUCGUGUACGACAGAGUGGAAACCAAUAUCGGAAAUGGAUAUGACGUGACAAGCGGAAACUUUGUUGUACCUGAAAAUGGCGUCUAUGCAUUCCACAUCACAACUGUUGCUAAAGACAAAUCUCAUUGUUCAGUGCAACUCGUCAAAAAUGAUAUCGUGAAGGACAUCGGAUGGGCGGAUGCAAUGAACCACAAUGACAGAGCGUCCUCUUCCACCUUUACCAUUCUGAAUGUAAAGGAGGGAGACAUUGUAAAAGUUCGUGUUGGCACAGCCUUCGCUGGUGACAUUCUGGAGAGCAACCAGUACACGAGACUAAGUUUUUCUGGAUUCAGAAUAGUUUAAUUGAAUAAUAAGGGGAAGAUAUGAAUAA